GCUGCCGGAGGAGUCACACACACACACACACACACACACACACAUAGGCAAGGAGCGAGGGAGAGAGAGGAGCUGAGCUGCUGAACAGACGCUGGGUCAGAGCGCUCAGUUGCUGCAGACAAUCACAGCAGAGAAAGACAGGAAAAGACUGAGAACAGCGCACAGACAGAGAGAGAGACUGAGAGAAAACAGAGAGGCAGGGGAGGGAGGUAAAUAUGUGACAGGAUGUGGUUUCCCUGAGCUUGCAGAACAUCAGUGCACAGGCAUAGUUUGAGCAUGACCUAAACACACCGAGCGCACAAGUGUGUUUGAGCUCCGUUAGGUGGAGAAGAAGCAGAGAGGGGAAGCAAACCUCUGGAAACACCAACACCAACACUGCUGCUGCUGCUGCUGAGUGUGAAGAACCUGGUUCCUCUGCUGCCUGCAGGAGAAGAAGAGGAUUGUGUUUCUUUCUUUUCUUAUUUUUCUCUUUUUUUUUUCUAACAAACACAAACAGCGGCGCCACCUCCACGGUAACCCUCGCUCAGCUCAACCUUCAAACCUCCAUCCUCUUCCUUCCCCUAGAAUGCGCUUCACAGCUGGAAGCUCAGCUCCAGCUGCGUCCGAGCUGUGAACAACUUCUCCGCCGUGUCGUGAAAACAAGGAUCUGUGCUCAGAGUUACUGACAAACCGCGGAGCCAUGGGCUGCGGGCUACGGAAGAUGAAACCGAUGUCGGAGGAGAACAGCCCGGGGAAGAUUUACUCCACCCUGAAGAGGCCGCAGGUGGAGACUAAAGUGGGCGUGGCCUACACUUACCGCUACCUGGAUUUCCUGAUCGGCAAAGACGGUGGGACGUCCACACUGCGUCUCUCGUCGGUGCGAGAGCUGCCGUGUCAGCUGCAGGAACUUUACCAGCAGGGGUUUGUUCUGGCGUCCGUUCACCCGUUCAUCCAUCCGUGUGGUCCAGAAUCCAACAGCCCACCACACCAGCUCUACCGGGCCAUACUGGUCCGACUCAACGAUGGGGUGGAAAGGAGCCAGCCACUCGGCCCGGUGUACAAACUGCAGCUGGAAGAGUGUCUGUCUGCCGGGCAGGUGCCCACCCCGGAGCUCAUCCAGGGCUACGUCAAGAAGCAGAUCCAGGACGCUGCCGACCAGGGCGUGAAGUUUGUGGGAUUCGUCCAGGAACCCUACGGGGCCCCAUGUACCACAAUCAGAGAACCAGACACACCGUCCCUGUCACUGCACUCCAGCCCCAGCUCGCUGCUCGGGUCCCUGGGCACCCGCAGCCCCUCCAACCCCUCCAGCCCCACCAGGAACCACGCGGAACCUGGAGCCGAGGCCGAGGACAUGGUGGACAAGGAAGGCGACGAGGGAGAGGGAGCGUCGAGUGGGGGGAAGAACCAGAGUGAGAACACGGAGGGAGCAGUGGAGGUCAGUCAGGACGAGGUGUCGUCCGCCACGUCUCCAAUAUCAGACUUAGACCUGGAGCUGAGGGAGGACAGCUCGCCAUGUCACAAUAACAACAAAGACGGCGCCGGGGAGACCAAGGAGAGGCCAAGAUACCGGCAGCGGAGAGGCGACGGAGUGGAACUGCUCGCCCUCUACAACCACCCGCCCGUCAGAGAGGGCCAGGCCAAGUACUACACCGUCAAGGUGCCGCUGCGAGUUCAGAACUGCGACGACGGCGUCAAAGGCGUGGAGGCCAACUGGCUGGAUCACAUGACCCAGCACUUCAACAACGGAGCCUCGCUGGUGGACGGAUACUUCUACCUGGGCAACGUCAACGAUUUGCUACCAAAGUCGGUCGAAAGUGUCUUCAUCUUCCAGGAGGCGAGUGAUGGCGAGCAGAAUGUGACCACGUCAACGUACGACGCCAUUGUUGUGGAGCAGUGGACUAUCAUUGAUGGUCUGCAGGUGAAGGCUGAUUAUGUUCCCCUGCUUCAGUCGCUCGCUACAUAUGGAUGGAGACUCACCUGUGUGCUGCCCACGCCCAUCAUCAAGACCAACAGUGACGGAAGUCUGUCCACCAAACAGAUCGUUUUCCUGCAAAGACCCGUGUUGGGCCGAAAGAAGAGGGAAUCCAAGAAACUGAUCUUCAAGCCCCGAAGCAAGUCCAACAAGAACUGCAUCAAAGACACAGACAAGAACAAGAAGAAGAAGAAAGCAAAGAGUGAAAAGGAUGCCGAAGAUGCGAAUAUUCUCAAUGAAAGAGAAAGGGAUGAGAAAGAGGAAGAUAAGAGUCGAGAGGAAAGGGAUGAGGCAACGUACGGCGAUGCGGCGAAGGAAUGCGACUCGAGGUUUGAGGAAGAUGGAAAGAUGGAUGACGGGGUUGAAAUCAGCGUAGAGACUGUUGAAAAGAAAGAUGGUGGAACGGAAGCAACAGACAAAGGAGAAGAAGACGGCACAAAAGAAGAAGAAGAAGAAGAAGUAACAUUGGCUGGAGAAGGGUCAAAAGAGAAUGGAGGGCCUUUAGAAAACAAAGAAGGUCAGGAAGUGGCAGCAAGUGUCGCAGCUGUGGAAACAGUGAACAAGACCAAAGAAAAAGCGGACGUGGUUGAGGCUGUGAUCGAGAACGGAGUGGAGGCAGACGAAGAGACAGAUGACGCUGACGUGAAGGCGAUCAAAGACAUGACAGAAGAACCGUCCGGCAUGGACAUCGUCACCAAGGAGAUUAUGGCCGAAUCGCAGGCUGCCCCGACCAAUCAAAGCCCAGAGGAAACUCAAGAGUAGCUUCAAGUCAAGGCCCCCCCCCCCCCCAACCCUACCUCCAACAAGAACUGGUUCACAGUGUUUUUCCCUGAUCCAAAUUACCGGGGGAUUUAAUCCCCAUCGCUGCAGCAUUGUCCAAACCUGAUGUCCCUCGAAAACCUGCCACAGUGUGUAGCGACAGAAUCGUUCUGUGUUUACCUGCAAACAUCAGUGCUACUGUAUAACCACGCAUACUGAAUGUAUAUAUCCAAAAAAAACAAAAACCACGUGAUGUUCAGUGUGGACUCUCACUGGAACGACUGCUAAAGUAAACGCUAGCAUGUUAGCAGUUAGCUCCGCAGAUACAGAGUAGUUAACCAACUCGCCGCGCAAAAACCUGCUACGUCGCCAUGCCUCUCAAAUCGCAAAACUUCUUAAAGGUCCAGUGUAAAAGAAUUAGUGCCAUCUAAUUAUGUUUAAACUACAGAUGUAGUU